GGAUCCGAACAAACUCCGAUGAUCCAUUCAUUUUGUCAAAUGAUCAUUGGGUGAACAUGUGGAAAUAUGGCAAGUGAAAUCUCGACUGCCGCGAAACCGGGGACCUGGAAUCUUUCAAAAUGACGUUGGCUUGAGUUCGAAAAGUGCGGCACUCGAGUAAGUAUUUAUACGUAGGUACAGUACUCAUUCGCGUUGUUCACGAAAUCAGAUAAUACUUUUUCUCUUCUUUGCAUUGGUAACGUCCCCUCAUUUCCAUAUCCACAAAACCCCACACGACUGCGAUUCUUUCCCAUCUCGAAAUACUGAACUUAUAAUCAAUUGGUAAUGUCUACUAUUGUACCCGGCCUUAAAAAACUCAAAGAACGUCGAGCUCACGCCAAAGAGCUUCGAGGUCAAUCAAAUGAAUUACACAAGUGCUAUCAAGAUAUGAAAGCCGUGGACGAUCGAUAUAACAAAACUCAAACAUAUCAUUUAGACCAAUUCACAUACACGAAUGGAGAUGCAGAAAAAAUACAAAAUCUACGUACCGCGAUACCACAAGAGAUAGAAAUAAGGCCUUCAAGUGAUUCAUCGGCACGCCCAUGAAGAAAACGGAACCGCGAUGUGGUCGUGAUGAUCUCGGUGAAUUCAUGAGAAAUGACUCUCGUUUGAAGCAUACAAGUCAACUUCAUGAACAAGGAAUGUCUUUGGAUUGGGAGCCGGAUCGUUAGGCGAAUUAUGUUGAUCCCAGUUCAUCGUUUGCGAAGAGGUCGAGUCGAAUUUGGGAUAGUUAUGGGUACUUCAAGGUGAUACAAUGGGCAUUUAUACAGCAUUGUCACUCCCUGGUGUUAAAUUUGGAGUCUACGGUUAGCAUCGCAGCGAUUGGUGGCUGGAGCAGGCGGAAUUUUGACAGAGCGCACUUCAUAGU